GACAAAUUAUGGCGGUUAGUGGGAUAUUUCUAAUUUUGUAGGCCAUUACAUCGAUCACAAUGAGACAUUUUGAAAUAUGUAUCCUUGCUUAGUAUGAACUUACCUACUGUCGACAAAUGAGUUGUUGUUUCUCGAAGAAAAACUGUAGCAACAGAUAUACAUUUCUAGGUUAGUAUGAUACGCUAAGAUGCAUCUGAAACCUGGCAACACCGCAAUUGCAUUUUGCAUAAACAAACAGGGAGGGGUGACCCAAGUUGUAAACAAAUUAUUUAAAGAAUUUGAAUACUGACAAAACAAAGCUUUCCCAAGUGAAAAAAUGUUCAAGAAUGAUCGGGUUACUGGUUAUUUGGAUGUGAAAGUGUCUUCAAGAUCCAGGAGAGGUUUCAGACCAUGGAAGGCUUGGAAAAAGCAAUGGUGCGAAAUCUGCCGCCUGGACAGCAUCGAAAAUGGCGUAGAAAUCAAACUGAAAACAAGUGAAGAAGGAAAUCUAAUUAACCGUUUAGUUCUGCCAAGAUCAUCCACAGUUUGCAGAACAGAGUCGAGAACUAAGCAGUAUGCUUUUGGAGUAUUCAGUUUGACUCAGAAUAAGAAACCCAUUCUGUUUCUGUCAGGGAGUUCAGAAAGUGAUGCUCAGAAAUGGAUGUUUGCUAUAAGGAGGAUGCUGAGUAUUGCUUCAUAUAUUCCAGUUGGAGGUUCAAGUUUCCAUGUGUCCCUUGUCGACAAUGCUCACUCAAGAGCUGCUGGUUUAUUGGGUACAUUUGGCGUGCUCACAGCUGAUUCCGAUGAGGUGGUUAUUAGUGACCCAUGUACAGGAAAACCAAAGGUUUCCUGGAAAUGGUAUAUGUUCCACCAGUUUCAUCUACAAGUGCCUCUAAAGUCGAUGGACGAGAAGACUGUAAUUGUCAUGCACACUAGCAGCGAGUUCCCAUCAGGCCCAGGCCAACUCUUUCUCCACUGCCUUCGCGGUCUCCGUCUUCUCCGUGUGCUGACCUCACGAGGCCGCCCUAACACGUUCUCUUUCGGGGCUCCGGCAGGCCCCAAAAGACUGAGUCGCAGCGAAGGCGAUCUGCGUAGUUGCGUAAGCAGUGGUGAUAGUCCUAUUUGCCCCAGAAGCCAAACAGGCAGCGACGAUUCUGGGGUCAGAAUGUCUGUAGGGUCAGAGGAGGGACCACAGGGUGUUGGAGACGAUAUGGUUGAUGUUGGGAACAUAUUGGACGCUAAUAGUAUGGGACUGACAGUGAAGACGCCCGGUGGUAGUGAAACUGAAGAUUCUCUGCAAGACUUAGCAGACAAUGUUGACCAAACUAAAACGAAGACAAUACCCAGAAACGAAUCUGGCAUAUCAAUAGCUUCAGGAAUUUAUGAAGAGAUCGACGAAACCCAAAUCAAAGAACGAAUUCAAGAAUUCGUGAAUCACGUUUAUGAGAAUCCACUGGAAAUUAUUCUAGAGAGUAAAAAGUAUUUUAAACCUCCUCCUUUACCACCAAGACGACUGGAAUCACCUUUAAAAAGCAAAGGCUCCAAGACUGACAAAGAAACCCACAGCUCAAUCAAGGCACGUUGCAACACUCUUCCCGCCAAAGAUCUUUCGAAGAUUUCACGACUCUUCACUGCCGCCGAGUCUGAAUACGUCGUGAUGAGUCCGGGCAAAAAUAAAGAAACUCCAAACAAGAAACAAGAAAGCGAGGCUGUGGUUGAGAAUUUUUACAUGCCUAUGUCGCCUAUGGCGCAUUCUAAACCUGUUUGAGUGUGAAUAAUGGACAAAAUGGUGACUGAAGUUGUGUCACAUUGUAAUGGUCACUGGCCCAUGGGGUAUUUUCCAAAACUUGGUUCAGUUAUAUUGUCUUCACAAAAUAUUCAAUCAAUCUGCUUCAGAAGCGUCCAUGCGUCGUAAAACCACCAAUAAUCAACUGCCUAAGUCUCUAUGAUACUUGUAAAGUGUGUAAGUCAAGUCGUUGGAACAUGCCGAGUAAUGUAAAUUCCUAACUACCUAUUGAGACAACAUUUAUUUCACAGCUGUUGGUGUUACCUGUGAUACUAUGCUAAGUUACACAAAAAUAGAGCUAGAGUUGUUAACCGACAUACGAGGGUGAAUCAAAUAUGAACUUUUGUUUUAGUAAUUUUAUUGGUAUAGUGAAUACAAGUUUAUUUACAUCUUAUUUUUCUACAUGAACACCUCUUUUAUUGAUGCAUUUUUCCCAUCGGAUCGGAAGUUUUUUAAUUCCCCCAUCAACGAAUGAAGCCGGUCGUGUUAGUAGCCAAUUGUGCAGGAAGUUUCCACACCAUCGUCGCCGUCAAAGUGGUGACCUCCCAGGUUUUCUUUAAACGGCCCAAACAUGUUAUAGUCACAUAGCGACAAAUCGGGACUGUAAGGCGGGCGUCCAAGUGUUUACCAAUAAACUUCGCGUGAUUUUUCUUUUGUCAAUGCAAACAAUUUAUGAUAAUGCUUUGCGCAACAACUCUUGCUCGAACAUGUUGCUACUACUAGAUCAUCUACUUCGGCGCGCCAAACCGACUGACUCUCCCCUUCCUAUAUCAAGACGUCACCCCACUCCAUUCAGCUAUGACGUGUUAAACAGAAAAGUCCGGUUCGUAUUUGAUUCACCCUCGUAAAAAUGAUUUUCCUUGAGGAACAGAUAUCUGUUUAAUCUGAUGUUGUCUGUGAGAAUUGCGGCCAGAAGUUUGAGCAAGAGCCGACCAUGCUUCCGCUAUUUCUGUGUGUGCUCAAUCUAUACUAGAUAUGGAAAAUGCAAUUUUGUUGAACUAAGUUGAGGAAAAUAUCCCAUUUUAAAAAUAGAUCUUUUAUAUCUCAAAACGGCUUCAAAACGUAUUGAGCUCGACUUCAUUUGACGGAUGCCAUUUGCCUUGUCAUACACAUAAUCAACAAUCUAGCGAGCAGUUGCUCGAAAAUCAGCAUUGACAUUUCUAAUUGUUUGCCUUUUAGAAUUUAAAAUGGAUAACUGAUUUUUUCUACUAGUGUAGCAGUAGCUACAUCAACUGGAUUUUGGAGAAAUCUUUUCUUUUUUUUUCAGACUGUUUUAAGCUUUCGAGACUGUUAACUACGACUUACAUAUUUGGAUGACAAGUGAUUUUUUUCGAUGGACUUAUUUGUUAACAGAUAGGAAAAGAUAACGUUACAGUUACUAAAGGAGAUUCAUUUAGAUAUGCUUUUUUAAAAAACUUGAAACGAUGAAAUCAUUGAACUGUGUCAGAUUAUCUUUACUAUCAAGCUAAAGAAGCGUCCUUUUUUCUUUUUGGAUAAUCAAAUUUUCAAAUGUUGGCCAUCACUUCGGGUAAUGUGGCUUAUUUUGGAAUUCCAGUUCGGUUUUGAGCGACGUUUGUCCAAUUACUCGAGGAACGUUAAUUUCUAAUUCCUAAAUCGUGCUCUGUUAUCCAUACAUUAAAGGCAAAAGUCUGUCUAGAGACGUGAAAUCACAAGACCGAUUCAAAAACAAGAAAUUAGUAGUCACGUUUCACGGAACGUGCUGCAAGUUAGAGCUGAAGCAAAUCGUUCCUUUUGCUGAUUCGAUUCCUGCCUCUGAAUCGAAUCCUUCGAUUCGUUCACGACUCCGAUUCCGGCAUCGGUAUCGAGUCCUAUACGAAUGAGAUUCAGAUUCCAGCCUCAGAACCGAUUAUGUCCAUUCGUUUACGAUUCAUUUACCUUUAGAUUCUGAUUUACUAGAGUUGGAAAUAAUGCAACGAAACGAAGCUGAUGGCCGUGAUACUGCGAGUUGUAGUGCGAGGUUGUCUUAAGUAGAACACUGACGUAGACGCAAUGCUCGAUGGUAUGUUUUAGACAAUCGGGUCGAGCCUACCGUAAUUUAUAAAAAAGUCUCCCGUGUUUUCUAUAAAUGUCUGUCCUGAAUUUGAUUGUUCCUUUGAUGUUCCUGAUCCGGGUAAUAAUUCUUUAGUGCAACAUUGAAAAUAGUAGAAUUUGAAUAGUAGAUUUGCUAAUGACGGGUUAACCUGCUUUCUUAGAUUUUUGAAAGACGAAAACCGACGCAUACUUAAGUUUUCAUGAUGUGUAUGUCAAGAUAUAAAAAAAACAUUCCAAACUCAAAAAUGUUACAUUUACAUGAGUAGUAUUUGUGUGGGAUAUUUUCUCAUUAAAAAUAUAAUAUUCAAAAUAUUAAAUGGCGACUAAGCAUUCAUUCAACAAUCGUCUAUACUCCAAGCUUCAUUACUUCAUACCAAAUUUUCAUUUAGUUCGUUCUUCAUUUGCAGCCGAUUUAGUCAAAAACGUUUGUCCAAAUCCACCAGGAUCGGAAUUGAAAUCAUGGGAACCAAAACCGCCGGAUCAGAGUCAAAAGCACCGGAAUCGGAGUCAAAAUCACCGGAAUCGGAGUAGAAAUCACAGAAAUCGAUUUCUUCUGACUCGAUUCCAAAUGCGGUAUAAUAGUUCAUUCGGAACGAUUCGAUCAAGACUGACCCAGCUCUACUGAAAUAGUAACCGUAGUAACAGCCGACCUUUCAAAGUAAAAGUAAUAUUCAAAAACUGAAUGCCACCAUCCCUUCCUUAGAACUUCACGAUUGCCUGCGUGAGUAAAACCACAUCGUGAAUUGCUUCUUUACCGACGUUUUGGCAACUACGGUGGCUUUUUUAAAGUACAAGAUCCAAAAAGGUCACUAUCGUGGUGGACUUGUAAUUAAAGACGUAAUUCACACAUGUCGUUUCAUAUGGCCAGACAAUCAUAGAGUCAUAUCAGGAUGCAAACCACGGGAUAAGCUUCAGGUGUCUCAUUAACCUUUCUUCACUUCAGUAAUAAAGAUGACCCGAUAAAGUUGAAUGUUUUUAUAUAUUAUAGGUUUUUAAAAGGUACCCUCAACUUAAUAACCCAUUACUUUUGGUGCUUUUUCAGUAAAAACAGUGCAAUUUAUUAUAAUUGAUUGAAAGAUAUCUCCAGAAAUUUACAUAAUUUAAAAAUAUCUAAUUAUUUUUGAUGUAAGAGUAAAUUAAUCAUAAUCAUACCAGAGUGGUUAUACCAAGAGAAGAUAGACCAGGCGAAUAAAUUGGAGAUACAUAAGAGAUGUAACCAAACACAUGGCGUCCACAAAACUGCUGAUAGCGUCUAAACACGUGCUGUUCUUAUUUGGUCAGAGAUAAAUGCGGCAUUGCCAGAUAUACAUAUAAUCAUUUUUGGAUGAAUUCGUUGUCCAUCACUCGUAGUGAAUGCAUUUUUUUGUUCAAAUUCCGUUUGCAGCCUACGAAAUAUCAUUCAAUAAAGAUAUAAAUUACACUUUUUCGCGAAUGCUCUCCGCGACAUAUAAACAGAUGUAAUUCUCAAAACCUGUAAGUUAUCUUAUAGCUAUUUCACUUUUAGGACCCUACGCGGAAUAUUACACGAUUUAGUUUAGUGACAAAAGAGGAAUGUCAGCUUAAAAUUCUAAUUUUUCUAACCUCAAAUUGCUUAUUUGACCAAUCGUCAUUGUAUUUAACAUAGAUGCCAGUGAUGUUUCUAUUGCCUCUUGCCAAUACGCGAUGAUCCGACCAAAAAUAAGCGGUACCCAAGGUCAAUUGAGCAUUCUAUGAAGUCUCUUCUGUUGACAUAACUACUCUUGAUUGAUUCAGUGAAGUCUUAAAAAAAAUCGUUUUCUAUUUUGGAAAAAAAUUUAUAACACUUAUGACGGUGAAAUAUGAUUUUACGAAUCGUUUUUGAUUAUGAUAACGUGGCUAUAAAGAUUGUUAAACAAAAUUGGCGUUGUUUCUGUUUGCUUUUGUAACAAAUUUUAAUAUCUGAAUCUACUUGUAAGUGAUUGACAAAGAAUUUGCAGCUUUUGUGUUUUGAAAAAGCGAUUGUUAUAUAGGGUAUUUAUGUAUUUAACUAACUAAUUAAGGUGCGAUUAAACUAAAAAUGGGCGUAUCUAGGAAACGACAGCACUGUAGCACUCGCAUUGUCAGCGAAGGCAUUCAAAUCAAAUUCAUACUCACGUUUAGCACUACAAUGGGCAGUGAUAUGGAUUGGAGACUGGUAAAAAUAUCAAAACUACAUUAUUUGUCAAGGUAUUUCAAAACGUCACAACAUUUUUUGAUAUACAGUCAGAAGGAACCAAUCUACAUGUCGUUAAUUAUGAUGACUUUAUUUUUCAAGUUAGUUUAGAAAUAACUGUAUUUAAACCCAUAUUUAAUGCAAAUAUUUAUGAUGCAGAUUCACUACUUUUACAAGUACAAGUCAACACAAGGAUCACUGAAAUAUAUUUAAAAAGUGUUGAAUAGUGAUGUGCUUUCUAGUUCAUUUCGAUGUACCAGUUCAAUAGGUCGCGUUCACUAAACCGAACUAGGUCGCGAACAAAUGAUUUUACGCAACAAUACCAAAUAACGCGUUAUCGUACCAGUGAAAACACCGACUUUCAUCCGAUCGCCGGAGCUAAGCAGUGUCGGGUUGUUGAUGUUGUGGUUUUUCAUUUUUUUAUUUGAAUGGAUAUUACAAAUUUGACUAGUCCACGUAAACUGCCGGUGUCAUAGCAGAAGUAGCUAUGAGAUAUACACGAUUUGUAACAUCUCAAAUAAUGUGGGUUACACUUUUUGUUUCCACCAGUUCAGGAAAUUAUCAUUAAUAAUUCAUAGGGUUGCCAGAUGCCCUUCUUUCGGAAGAACGGUACUCUUCUUCAGUAUCGCAGACGAAAGCCAAGCGGAAAAUGGAUUGAAGAAGAAAACAGACUCAGACCUUUGGGACCAUUUUGACCUUGAGGUUAAACGUCUUUCCUGAGGUCAAAAUCCAGUCGCAGCAGGGAUUAUCCAGUUUUCACCGGGAACAGGGAUCCCCUGAAGUAGUGGCAAAUAGAAAAAAGUUUGCCCCAGAUUGUUUGAGAUGGCUAAAAACGUUUGUGUCAUAUAGCAACAUCUGUGCCAUGCAAGCAGCUUGCACGUCUUGUCAGAAAGAACUAUACUAAAAGCCAAUAAACUUCAAAAAAUAAUGUCGGUAAAUGGAAAUUUGUGGUUAAUUUUCCUUUUUAUUUUAGUAUUUUAAUUUCUCCGUUAACCUUGAUAGGUGAUAUGUUCUAUAAAAGUUAGGUAAUUUUUAUUUCUUUCGGCCUUUGUAACUAACAGCAUUUGUUAUUCACUUAACUUUUCUAAUAAGAUCAUUCUCGUCUUGUUAUCCUAUUUGAUAUCGUUGACUAAGCCAGGAUCGUAUCCAGGCAACCAGUUUACAACCUUCUGUUUACUUGGUUGCCCACGGUGAUGUCUCGUCUUCUAGCCCGUACUCGAUCGUUCACUCUACUAGGUAAAAUGUAGAUUUCCUAGUUCAAGCCCUUUAGAUAACUAAAAUUUGUUGAAUGAACUUCGCUGUGAUUUAGUUAUAGCUCUCUUUUGCAUGAAUGUUUUACGGUCCGCAUGCUUCGAAUGAUUUUUAGGAAUGAUAGUUAAAUAUUCCGCGGAUUUACUAGAGAUUGGUUAAAAACGUGAGAACCAAGUGCUACUAAAACAAAUGUUUGUUUUCAACACAACAACUGUCAAUGUUUGUUGUUACAUUUAAGUAAAUUUUAGUUAAGGCUUUUAUAUCAGUAUGUAAGACUCGAAGAUCAUAAUCUUUUAUGAAAUCAUGCACAAUUUGUGAACUUUUUUUAUUUGACUACAUUUAAUUUGACGUAUGAAAAUCGUUCAACGAUAUUUCAAUCAGAAAUGUAAGCUGCUAUGUUCCUAAGAUUGAAUAAAUGUUGCAUUAUGAGAUCUACAAUGAAGAUAAUAAAAAUGCAUAUCAUGUCAUUCAAAUCAUUGACCAUAUCAAAAGCAUCUAAUUCAUAGUUGUCUUAAAUUGUUUCCAAUCUAUGGAAUGAACACUUAUCUACUCAUUUUAAUAUUUCUUUUAUGUCCCAGAGAAAACUUUUGCAACUAACGGUAUUAAGCUUUGCUCAAUUUUGUAUCUUUUGUACUUUUCCAUAUAUACAAAUCUGAGUUCUUGAAAAUGUUACAAAAGUUUGUAUAUGUAUGUACGAGUAUAUAAGGGAUCUCUCGUGUAUUGUCGUUACCAUUUUUUUGUUUGUUUGAGGAUGUACUAAAACUUAGUACAACGGUUUGCUAAAAAGGAUCAGUAUUAUUUAACAUUUUUACGUGUAUUUUUUCCUAAAUAUAUUUAUUG